ACCCCCCCGCACGGGGGUCCCAAUCCAGAGCGCAGGGCGAGAGAGCGCGCACGGCAGCGGCGGCAGCAGCAGCAGCAGCGGUGACAUCAGCAGCGCACGCAGCAGCCCCUCGCCCUGACCCCCUCGCCGUGACCUCUCCGCCCUGACCCCCUCGCGUUCAUUCCGAGAUGGCGACGUUAGCAGCAGCAGCAGCAGUCUCCUCGGGGAGCCUCGACUCGGUGCCUCUGGGCGGCGGGGAGAGCCGCGCGCCCGAGUCCCCCACGGGCACCCCGCGACUCCGCGCCGACGAGAUCCGCCCGGGCCCCCAGGCGAACGCGGUGACGGUGCUGGCGCUGCUGGACCGCCUGCUGGGCAUGCUCGAGGGCGUGCAGGAGGCGCAGCGGCGCCUCGAGGAGCGCCAGCGCGCCACGGAGGGCGUCGUGCGCUCCGUGGCCGGGGAGCUGUCGCGCAUGGCGCGCAGCGGGCAGAGCACGGACGGGGCCGUGGCCAAGGUGCUGGCCAAGGCGCGCACGGUGAGCGCCAACGUCAAGGACGUGCGCGAGAGGCUCGAGCGGCAGGCGGCGCAGGUGCGCAAGUUGGACGCCAAGCACGGCGACCUGCUGCGACGCAACAACUUUCGCAUCCUCAUCUUCCAGGAAGGCAGCGAGACGCCCACGGCCGAGGCGACCAGCAGGCCCGUGGGCCCCCCGCCGGGCCCCGCCGUGCUCGUGUCCGACGAGGCGCGCGGCUCUGCGCACGCGGACUCGAGCUUCGAGGAGGUGUGCAUCGCAGGCGAGGGCAGCGAAGCGGGCGACGAGGCGGCCACGCGGCCCCCGGACCUCUCGUCCGACGAGGAGUACAUCCUGGAGGAGGUGGAGACCACCACCACGAGGCUGAAGAAGUCGAGCAUGAAGCGCAUGGACAGCCUCAAGAAGGCCUUCUCCAAGGAGAGCUUCGAGAAGAAGAUGAACAAGUUCGUGUCGCCCGAGCGGCGCGAGAAGAUCAAGAAGUCGCUCACGCCCAACCACCAGAAGUCGAGCGGCUCCAAGCUGGGCGCCUUCAAGGUGCCGCCGCUCAAGUUCAACGUGAAGAAGGUGCGCUCCGAGGACGGGGGGGGCACCCCCAACGAGGAAGAGGCGACCGCGGCGGCGGAGGAGGAGGAUGCCGACGCGUGCGUGGCCGUCACCAACGAGGAUUCCUCGGCGAUCCACGGCGGCGGCGACACCGACUCGGCGCACGGCGCGGUGCAGUACGCCGAGAUCGUCUUCGCCGACAAGACGCCGGCCCGGCAGGCGGCCGCCUUGGCCUCGCCGGCGGGGAAGGCCGUCGUGGCGGCCGUGGCCGCGGCGGCCGUGGCCGCGGCGCAGGCGGCCGCGGAGGCGCGGGCCGGGGUGGUGACCCUGGGGCCGGACGAGACGGCGGGGGCGGAGAAGGGGAGAGAGCAGGAGGAGGAGGCGGCUGAAGAGAAGCCGGGAGGGCGCGCGGAGGGUGCGGGCGACGACGCGGAAGCGAAGGUGGUGCUGGGUCAAGGUGAGGAGCACGAGGAGCAGAAGACGAGUGGCAAGCCGGAGGAGGAGGAGGGGGGGGAGGAGCAGCAUGAGCAGGGGGAGCAGCAGCAGCAGCAGGCGGCGGUGUUCGAAGCGGCGGCGGUGGCGGCGCUGUCCGCAGGAGAGGAGGCCGUGGGGCGCCCCCCCCAGGCCGACGUCGCCCCCCAGGGCCCCCCCGCGGUGACUGUGAGCGACAGCGACGGCGGCGCUGCGGCCAACGGGCCGCUCGCGCACGCGGGGGGCCACGCGGCCGACCAGGGGCCCGAGGAGGCGGCCGUGGCGCACGGGAAGGCGGCGGCGGCUGUGGCGGGAGGCGUCAAGACGGAGCUGAGCGAGUGACGCCGCGUGGCCCCGGUGGCUCCGCGCUCACGGCUGCCACCGCUGGACCGUUCCCACACAGACAAGCACACAGACACAGACACGCACACACACGCACAGACACGCACACACACGCACAGACACGCACACACGCGCACACACGCACAGACACACAGACACGCACACAUACGCACGGACACGCACACCACACACACGCACACACACAGACACACGCACAGACGCGUGCACAGACACGCACGUAAAGACACACGCAUAGACACACGCACAGACACGGACACACGCACACACAGACACGCACACGCAUAGACACGCACGCAGACACGCCGGCCGCUCCUCGCGUCGCGAUCUGAUGAACUGACACGAGGGCAGUGAUUGUGACGACGAUGACGAUGAUUGCUGUGAUGACAGGCGAGUGCUUGCAAUGCGACGCGUCCCUCUCCCCGGCCCGUGCGCCGCUUUGCACGGAUCCUGGCGUGGAGCAGCAGUAGAGUAGCAGCAGCAGCAGCCACACGCGUGGUGGUGGUGGCGGUGGUGGUGGUGGCGGUGUUGGUGGCGGUGGUGUUGGUGGUGGUGGUGUUGGUGGCGGUGUUGGUGGUGGCGGUGGUGGUGGCGGUGUUGGUGGCGGUGGUGUUGGUGGUGUUGGUGUGCAUGAGCGGUAUUCCACGCGCUCCCCGCCGAGAGUACGCGGGGCGCCUCGCGCCCAGUCAGCUGUAGUAGCUACAGCAGCUGUAGCU